AUGGAGAAUACAACUUCCAGGGGAAAGAGCAAGGAUGUCUUGGGGACCGGAAUCCAGGAGGAUCUUACGCUGGAACAGCUGGGCUACCAACAGGAACUCAAACGAUCUUAUGGUCUGCUGGAUAUGCUCGGAUUCAGCUUCAGUAUUGUGACAUGUUGGUCAGCAUUGAGCGGAGUGUUUAUCAUCGGUGUAAGCGCCGGCGGUCCUCCCGUAAUUCUAUACGGAUGGAUAGGAACCUGCAUUCUCACUUUGGCCGUGGCAUGCGCAAUGGCAGAAAUGUGUUCGCGAUGGCCCGUUGCUGGUGGACAGUAUUCCUGGGUGGCUCUCAUGGCGCCGAAAAAGAUUGCUCGCGAGAUGUCCUAUGUAACCGGCUGGUUCAUGCUGAUGGGCAUGCUUUCAAUGGGAGCAGCAAACAACUCCUUCAUCGCCAACUAUAUACUCGGAAUGUGCAACCUUGUCUUUCCUGAAUAUACUAUUGAGCGCUGGCACAGUGUCCUCUUAGCCUACCUAGCUGCUCUGAUUGGCGGCGUCAUCAACAUUUUCACGCCUCAACUCCUCCAUCGUCUAGCCCGAGCCGUCUUUCUCUGGAAUCUGGUCUCCUUCGUGGUCAUUGUUAUUGUUCUAUUGGCUACCAAUGACCACAAACAGGACGCUUCAUUUGUCUUUGUAGAUUUUCAGAAUGGGACUGGCCUGGGAGCUGCAAUGGCGACCAUCGUAGGUAUUCUCCAGGCCCUGUUCGGCAUGUGUUGCUACGACACCCCGGUUCAUAUGACCGAAGAAAUGACCCAUGCCUCCCGUGAUGCUCCACGGGCCGUUAUCCUCUCAGUCGUAAUUGGCGCCGUUACUGGCUUCAUCUUCCUGGUGACACUCUGUUUUUGCAUUGGCGACAUCGCCAGUACAGCCGACACAAGCACCUUGUCGCCCGUUCUCCAAAUCUUUUACGACUCGACAAACAGCAAAGUGGGCGCUUGUUUCAUGGCUAGUAUGAUCGUCGUGAUCAUGUUUGUUAGUACCAUCAGUCUUGUAGCUGAUGGUUCUCGUUCGCUGUAUGCCUUUGCGCGUGAUCACGGGCUUCCUUUCUCUGCUGUAUUGUCGAAAGUUGAUCGGAAGAAACAUAUCCCUAUUUAUGCCAUUUUGGUUACCGUCAUUGUUCAGAUGGCGUUCAACUCGAUCUAUUUCGGGACGGUUACGGGGUUCAACACCGUUGUUUCUAUUGCCACGACUGGAUUCUAUGCAUCAUACGCCCUCGCCCUCCUAGCCCGAUUACUAGGCCACUUCUUCCGUGAAAAAAUCACCUUCACAGGCGCCUACUCACUUUCCCUACCAAUCUCUCUAUCCAUGAACCUAAUUGGGUUUCUGUUUCUCAUGUUCGCAUUCAUCACAUUCAAUUUCCCCUCCGAAGCGCCCGUAACUGAGGAAACGAUGAAUUAUACCAGUGCUGCUAUUGGAGUUAUUGGGUUAUUGAGUUUGGUUACGUGGUUUACGACGGGGCAUAAAUAUUUUCAUGGUCCUGCUGAGGCGAGGAUUGAUGGGAAGCAGCCGGAUGGAAAGGAGGAGGUGGUUGGGAGCGAAAUGCCGGUUGAGAUUAAGUCUUGA